CUCAACCUCAUGCAAAAAUAUUCAGUUAUAAAUUUCAUUGCAAAAAGUGGUCGAACAGAAAUUUGAAAAUUCUUUUUGGUUCAAAAUAAGUAUAACUUAUGUUAAUUCUUUUAAAACUGUAUUGAACUUAAAACCUGCGAUAAUAAACUAACAUUACCCACAAUGACCACACCAGUAGUCAAGGUUCCCAUUGUCCCACAAUGGAAUCUGGUCGCCGGUUGUGUUGCGACUCCCGAUGAGGGUUUUCUUUAUGUUGGAAACAAAACCAUUAAUUAUAUAUCUGCCAUCAAGAGUGGCGAACAUGCACCUGUUAUGAAAAUCUUCCAAACCCGUCAAACUAUCCGAGGGCUAGACUGUGACCCGAAUUGGUCCACAACGAAGUACUUUGCAAUUCUGGCCCAGGACAACUCGGUGCAGAUUUGGGAUUUUGAGCUAGCCAGAGCUAUUUACGGCCACAAGGCACACUUUAUCAAACCACAGACCGAAGGAGAUAUCCCUGCACAGGGAAACGAUGGAGUGCACAUGAGCUUCAUGUCCAAUCGCAACAUACUCUCGAUUUCCCAAACUGACUUGGUAGUGUAUUGCGUCGCAUCGAAUACCUUCUGCCGACGUCAUCGUAUCAUUCCCAAGAAAUACACUGUCACCAUCCUCAAGUGUUCGCCAUACAAUGAGCACAUAUUUGCGGUUGGAACUCCCAAGGGUCUCGUUAUUCUGGCCGAUCUGAAGUCCGAACAAAUUCUUUACACUCUGAAGGGUCACGAUGCUACUGUGACUUCCCUGGCUUGGAAUCUUACGAAGCCUGCUAGUUCCGCACUGCCACAGUUACCUGCGGUUGCAACUCCUUUAAAGCCAACACCACAAAAGCCCAGGCAGGAGCCGAAGACUCCUCUUGGGGGUGCAUCUGAUGAUAUAUUCGACAUUUAUGACUACGACUAUUUGGAGAACGAGUUUGGGGCUCCAACCAAUAAUAAAUCAAGUCUGGACCAAUUUGAGGGCAUCGACAAGAAUCAGGAAGAUGGAAACAAUACUAAUUUCAAUUAUGUCGAAGCAUGCGAAAGCCUCAAAGAGGAAAUCGAUGCGCUGAAGAAUAAGUCAGCAGAGUAUUCUUCCAACGACCAACAAGUCACUCUCGCAGAUUGCCAAGAAUCCGAGCAUCGAGCUGAAGUAUCGAGUUCAUGUGACUCGAACAAUAGCGUGGAGCUCCUCGAUAGAAGCUCCGACGAUGAGAGUACAAACAAGGAGAAACACGUUAUGCGACAUCAAGCCGAGGUCCAUACCCAGGAAGAAAUGGAACUUACACCUCCGCGGAUGUCAUUUACAGCUCCCGCAAGUCCCAAAAAAAUUCCAUUGUUGGCAUCGGCUGGGGCGGACUCAGUGGUCUGGAUUUGGAAUACAAAGACUGGAGGAGCUUGUGAUCAGUUGAAGGGAAAGAGUAAUCCACAUGGAAAAAAUUAUCACAUUGAGGCAUUAUGGCUAAGUCCCAAUACCAUAUUGGUAACUUCGAGGUCUGGAACCAUCACAUCUUUCACCGAAGACUUAACCAGGCCUGGAAAAUACAAAGAAGACAAAAAGGAAUUCCCACAACAGGCCGUCGUCUCGCUGUGCCUGUCCAUCAAUGCUCCACUCCUCUGGACCAUAUCAUCGUUCCGAGAGAUCAUUUGCGAGAAUUUAGAAACAAACAAAAUUGUUGCCAAAUACAGCUGUGCUUCCACAAACAUAGUAACAAUGCGAGAGAGACCCGAUGACAUGAACAAGAUUGCUGUUGCGUUUUCUGAUCGACGAAUUGGUGUUAUUGAUAUUUCGAAAAUAACUCCAUUUAACAUUUCAAUUGAGAAUUUUACAAGUAAAAUAGAUUCUCAGGUCUACUCAUUGGUUUGGGGUUCAAAUCCUGGAUGUCUGGCUUUUGGAACAAAUGAAGGAAGAGUUGGAAUUUUCAACACUGAAAAUCCGAAGAUGUCACCAUUUCUUUUCCAUCCUGUUUGUGGCAAACCAAUUUACUCAAUUGACUGGCAGAAUCAAUACAUCUAUGUGUGCUGCAAUGAAAAAGUCGCUCUAUACAAUGAUAAUAUGCAAAACAAAGACCCAAUUAUUUUGGAGUACAUCACUGCCGCAUCGUCUAUUUCGGUUCGAAAUAAAUAUCUGUUUGUAGGAACUCAAAAUGGCCAUGUGGAAAUAUUCAAACAGAAAGAUAGUUCAAAAAUCUCAUACGAUCUCAUACGCAGCCUUGAAAUUUGUCCGCGUUAUGUAACCGAUAUAUGUUGGAGUCCAAUAAACACAUCACGCUUUGCUGUCGCCUCCAUGUCAAAGAAGAUUCGUGUCUUUAACUUCAACGAAAAUAAUGGCACGGCUUCUCUAGCUCGUGACAUUGUCAUCAACAGCUCAUCGUCUGCAGCAAAUGCCAACGUUAAAUGGAGUAAUCUUAGAGAUAAUAUGCUUCUCGCAAGUGGUUUCGAUGGAGCAAUGCGAGUGUGGGAUCUCAAUUCUCAGCGAGACGAUGAAUUCUUCCUGAAACAAUUCCAAUGUCCAAUGACUUGUGGAAUGUUCUUGCCAUCAGAUGAGAACACUAUUAUUUGUGCUGGUCGAACAACGUCGAUAGAAAUGUUCAAUAUGUUGCUCGAAAAUACUCAAAAGUAUUCAAGUGUCAAGUGGAAGAAACAAACAAUGAAGACUCUCGAUGGAGUUCAAUGGGGAACUAGAAUUGCAUCGGUUGAUGGAAAAUCAAAGACAGAAAAACGUCGCAAGAGAAAAGAGAAGGGAUCAAUUUUGGCUGAUGGCGAUUUGGAAGAUAUCAAAAACGACGGAAAUGAUGUGUCUGGUUUGAUGACUAAAUUGCAGUUGGAAGAAAAACAGGAGAAUGAAGUCUCUGGAACUACACAAUGUAAAGAAUGCAAAGAUUCAGUAUUCAUGAAGAAUCCUCAAACCAUUUUGUACUUAACAACCAAGGAAAUAAACAAGGAUAGUUUGGACAAGCUUAAGUACAUGCUCGAUUCUUCACCCCAUGGAAAACAACGUCUUCUCGGACCAAAGCUCUUUGGAAGUCAAUUUGAUGCUAAGCGCAUUCUCGAGGAAGAAAUUCGAAACCAACAAUCUUCCGACUCCAAAUCAAUUUCAAACAUUCUUACAUACCAGGUUAACUCGAAUUUUCAACAAGAGAUUGUGAAGCGCAUUGAAACAAAAACUCUCACCGAGUGGCAUGUUUCUCUUGCUCCAUCUAUUUCAUAUAUGUUCUGGAAGAAAUGCUGUCAAGCGUUUACCAAUCAACUUAUAGAACAGGGUCAUAUCCUUCAAGCUGCCACUUAUCUUAUCGCAUUACACGACACAAAGCAAGUUAUAAACAUUUUGCUGGACAAACAGUAUUUCAAAGAAGCUUUGAUUGUUGCUAAAAUACAUUGUCAGCCAGAUGAUAAGAUUACAACUGAAAUUACAGAGAAAUGGGUCCGUUAUUUGGAAUCGGUUGGAAAUCUUAAUGCAGCUGCUUAUAUUUGUGCUGCUUCUGGAGAACUUCAAAAAGCUUAUAGUAUUUUGGCGAAGACAAGAAAUAUCACACCAGAAAUACAGGAAGUAUUGGAUAAAAUACAUGAGAAAGUUAUUAAAAUGUAAACCAAGUAUUAUUAUAUGUAGUUUAACUCAGUAAUCGAUUGGUUUCACAUUUCAUAUUAUUAAUUACUUUUUACUUCAAUUGAACUGAACUGAAUUUACCGUUAUUUAUGCGUUUAAACUAUAUGUAACAAAAAUAAAAUGGAGUUGAUAUUGCA